AUGGGCCUUGGUGGCACAUCAUUGGAUCACCUGCGCUGUCCUUCCAUGUACCCGUCCAUGCCCAGCAGCCUGUCAUACAACGUCUAUUCCCGAAGGCACAAGCGAGGAAAGAACAUCAAAGUGGGAGACGUUGUGGUCUUUGAAAGCCCUAUCUUCCUCCGCGGGAUAGCCUGCAAGCGUGUUAUCGGCAUGCCUGGGGACUAUGUCCUUCGCGACCCUCACCUAUCUCCCACAGUGGGCGGCGCUCCCAUUCCAGGGCUAUACGAAGGCGAUGCAGUGCGAGAAGAGCCUGUCAUGGUACAAGUUCCAGAGGGUCACGUGUGGGUAGCCGGAGACAAUCUGUCCUACAGCAGAGAUUCUCGAUUCUACGGUCCUGUACCCAUGGCUUUGAUUACGGGCAAGACUCUGUAUGUUGGCGACGGAUAUUUCAAUUGGACAUCUUUCCGCAAACCGCAGUUGCAAACAGUCACCGUCUCUGACGAUAGGUCGCAUGCGCCUGUGGAAAGAGAGGUCGCCUUGGAAGACACCCAAGCACCCUGA